AAACAAGAGCUAUAAACUAUAAACUCUAUUUUUCUUCUCUAAGCUUAAACAUCUUCAAGGUACCCUUAAAAAUGGUGGUCAUACCAGAAACACCAAAGGGUGCUAAUAAUUCCCUUUUUCUGAACAAAUUGAAGGCAAUUUCACCAUCUAAUUCAUACCCAAGUUCCCCAGUUCCUUCAUCACCAAUCAUUCACAAGUUCUCUUAUUCAAUGAUGGAAGAAACUAUUGAAAAUGCAGAGAUAAUCAUCAACAAAUGGGCUCUAAAUUCGUCACCAGCUUCGCUUUUCGACCAGCGAAAAGAAGCGAAAGAGUUUCUGAAUUCCGUCAAAAACUUACGGCGAGCUAUGCAUUUCUUGGUCUCUGAGCAUAGAGCUUCUAAUAAGCUUGUAACUGCUCAGAAUCUCAUGCAAAUUGCCAUGAAAAGACUUGAGAAAGAACUCUGUACGAUAUUAUCUGCGCAUCGCGGUCAACUCGAUCCUGAAUCUGUUUCGGGUCUUUCUUCGGAUGAUUCGAGCAAGUUUUACGAUGAAGAAACGGAUUCUGACGAGGAGAUUAAUCUCGCCGGCGAAUCAAUCGCCAAAGUUGAGAGAGAAGGAGCUAAUGCUAUGUCUGAUCUGAAGUCAAUUGCUGAUUGCAUGAUUAGUGCUGGUUAUGGUCAGGAAUUUUUCAAAAUCUAUAAAAUCAUCAGAAAAUCGAUCGUUGACGAAGCAUUGUAUCUGCUUGGAGUUGAAAAAUUCAGAGCUUCUCAGAUUCAGAAGAUGAACAAGGAAAAUCUUGAUAAUUUGAUCAAGAACUGGAUGAAUUCCGUGAAAAUCGCGAUCAAAACGUUGUUUUCCGGAGAAAAAACACUCUGUGAUCUUGUUUUUUCUGCUUCUGAAUCUCUAAGAGUAUCAAGUUUUUAUGAAAUUACUAAAGAAGGGGCGAUGAAUCUAUUCAGAUUUCCUGAAUCGGUUGCGAAAACCAAGAAAUCGCCUCUCAGGAUUUUUCGAUUAAUGGAACUUCAUGAAGCAAUCUCAAAUCUUUGGCCAGAAAUUGAGUUGAUUUUCAAUUCUGAAUCAACAUCAGGAAUCAAAAUGCUAGCUUUUUCAUCAUUACAGAAACUCGGCGAGUCGGUUCGUUCAAUUCUAUCAGAAUUUCAAUCAACAACGCAAAAAGACUCAUCAAAAAAUCAAAUUCUAGGCGGCGGGAUUCAUCCGUUGACUCGAAUCGCCAUGACUUAUAUUUCUUCACUUGCAGAUUACAGUUUAAUUCUCUCAGACAUUCUGUCAGAUUCACCACCAUUUAAAAAUUACACAAAACUCCCUGAAUCAUACUUUGAAAGUCCAAAUUCUGAUGAUAAUUCAGUCACACAACAAGCUUCAGUCUGCUUCGCUUGGCUAAUACUUGUUCUUCUAUGCAAACUUGACAGCAAAGCAAAAUUAUACAAAGAUGUGUCUCUGUCUUAUCUUUUCUUGGCAAACAAUCUUCAAUUCAUCAUCCAAAACGUCUGCACGACUCGUCUUAAGAUCGUCCUCGGCGAAGAUUGGAUUUUGAAACAUAUCAAGAAACUGAAGCAAUAUGCUUUAAAUUAUGAAACAAUGGCAUGGAACAAAGUUUUCUCUUCUUUACCUCAAAAACCUUAUCAGGAAUUAUCAGCCGACGCGAUUGAAGAAUGUUUUCAGAAAUUUAACGCAGCGUUUCUUGAAACAUACAAGAAGCAGAAAUCAUGGGUUGUUCUUGAUGGGAAAUUGAGAGAUGAAUUGAAACUAUCGAUUGCUCGGAAACUCGUACCGGCCUAUAGAGAAUUUUGUGAAGUGUAUUUGGUGGGGAUGAGUGGAGUAAGGAAUUUGGAAAUGGUGGUUAGAUUUAGUCCUGAUGACCUUGGAAAUUAUCUGUCAGAUUUGUUCCAUGGAGCUGCAAGUUCUGAUAGCUUAUCAUCAUCGUCGUCAUUAUCAUCAAUAUCGCAAGGAUGCAUUCCGAAAUGCAAUCAGAAAUUAGUCUCAGUAUAAUUCAAUUGGCAAUGAAAUCUUAUCUUUUUCUUUCACAAAGUCUAAAUGCAGUAUUAAUAUAAGCUGUAUAUCAUAUCAAUGGCAAGCUAAUACACCGUAAUUGUAUAUUCUACAAUUAAAAUUAUUUCAUGAA